CCUUCUUUUCUCCCUCUAUCUGUCGUUAUAUCCCACCCAUAAGCCGGUCCAUCUCAAGUCUCAACAGAAACUAAGAAAAAAAUAAAGGGAAAACAGAGUAACCCAGUAGUCGAGCGAGCGAGCAUCGGGGUCGUCUCGUCUGCAAUCUAAUCUAUAUGGCUGCAGCAGCUACUUCGGGCGCCGUCCUGAAUGGGACGCUGGGAUCUUCCUUCCUCUCCGGAAGCAAGAAGACCCAAUCUUUGUUCGCUGCCGCUUCCAGAAUCGAUAACAGUACCGCCGCCGCUGGUGGCAGGAAGUUGGUCAUUGUAUCCGCCGCUAAGAAAUCUUGGAUCCCCGCCGUCAAAGGCGGCGGCAACCUAGUCGACCCCGAAUGGCUCGAUGGCUCGGCUGCCGGGCGACUACGGGUUCGACCCGCUGGGGCUGGGGAAGGACCCGGCUUUCCUGAAGUGGUACAGAGAGGCGGAGCUGAUCCACGGGCGGUGGGCGAUGGCGGCGGUGGUGGGGAUCUUCGUGGGGCAGGCGUGGAGCGGGAUCCCGUGGUUCGAGGCCGGCGCGGCGCCCGGCGCGGUGGCGCCGUUCUCGUUCGGGACGCUGCUGGGGACCCAAUUGCUGCUGAUGGGGUGGGUGGAGAGCAAGCGGUGGGUGGAUUUCUUCAACCCGGAUUCGCAGGCGGUGGAGUGGGCGACGCCGUGGUCGAGGACGGCGGAGAACUUCGCCAACGCCACCGGGGAACAGGGUUACCCGGGCGGCAAGUUCUUCGACCCGUUGGGCUUCGCGGGGACGCUCAGCGACGGUGUCUACGUGGCGGACGCGGAGAAGCUGGAGAGACUGAAGGUGGCGGAGAUUAAGCACGCCAGGCUUGCGAUGCUGGCCAUGCUCAUUUUUUACUUCGAGGCCGGCCAGGGGAAAACCCCUCUCGCCGCUCUUGGCCUUUAGAUAGAGUUUGUUGUCCCCCAUUCUUCCUUCCUCUGUUCGUCCUUUUGGCUGUAGAUAAAUGAUAAAUCUGAUGGUUAAUCACAAUUUUAGCGUGCGGUUCAAGUUAAUUAGUCACGCAUUGUGGCACUAAUGACGAUUAGAAUACUGCCUGCGUAAAAUAUGAUAAUGAUCGAGACAACAAGACGAGUUUAACAUGGUAUCCUCGAUUGGUUGACUGAUCGAGACAAAUCCACAAGAGAGUGAAAACACUCUCCGACUGUAGCUCUUAUUUAUUAUAUGAAUUGAUGGCCGAAGCCUCUAGUUAUAUAAACAUAUAUA